UUUACCUGUCUUUCUCUAUCACUCUCUUUCUCUCUUUCUCUCUUUCUCUAUAAACUUAUAGCCUUUAGAAAAAUGGAUCUCCAUCAUGGUUUGACAGAGAAGGUCUUCAUCAGAGAAUUCAAUGAAGAUAGAGACUUAAAGAUGGUUGAGAAGCUUGAAAUGAGCUGUGAGAUUGGUUCUAGAAGAGGUUUCUCUAUCCUUACCAACAUGAUGGGAGAUCCUCUUUGCAGGAUUAGGCUUUAUCCUCUUCAUGUUAUGUUGGUUGCAGAGUUGGCCGGAAAUGGUGAAGUUGUUGGUGUAGUGAGGGGCUGCAUGAAGUUUGUGGGGACUGGCCUAGGAACUAACAAUGUGAGGAUGGGGUGCAUUCUUGGCCUAAGGGUCUCUCCUAAGCAUAGGCGAAUGGGGAUAGCAACGAAGCUCGUCAAGUUUAUCGAAAAUUGGGCAAUUAGAAAUGGAGCAGAAUACAUGUCCUUAGCCAUUGAAGAGAACAACAUUGCAUCCAUUAAUCUCUUUGUUCUUAAAUUUGAUUACAUGAGGUUGAACUCCUUAUGGAUACUGAUUCAACCUCUAGAACCUCAUGCAAAGAAGAUCAAACAACCAUCACACAAUGUGAAGAUAGAAAAACUAAGUGUGGAACAAGCAAUAUCUUUGUAUAAAAACAAGAUUGGAGGAGGAAAACUAUUUCCCGGUGACAUCGAUGCCAUACUCGAAGAGAAACUAAGCCUUGGUACAUGGGUAUCUUACUAUGAAGAUGAACAAUGGAGUGGCUUGCAUUGCAAUAAGAUCAAGGAAGAUGAUGAUGAUGAUGAUCAUGAAUUUAUUCACAAGACUCCAAACUCUUGGGCCAUUCUUAGCAUUUGGAAAACAUAUGAAUCCUAUGAACUUCAAAUAAGAGGAGCACCUAUUGUAAGGUUCUUUCACUCCACUCUAAGCCACAUAACAUCAAAAGUUUUACCUUGCCUAAGGGUAUACCCUUCAAGUGAACUCCUUUCAAAGCCUUUUGGAUUUCUCCUCCUUUAUGGACUCCAUGGAGAAGGAGAAAGGGUUGGGGAGCUCAUCAAAUCCUUGUGGUUUUUCGCGCAAAGUUUAGCGAAAAAUACUAAGGAUUGCAAAGUGGUUGUCACUGAACUUGGAGCUUGUGAUCCUCUAAGAGAGCAUGUGCCAUUGAGUUCUUUCACUUCUCGCAUCGAUGAUCUUUGGUUUAUAAAGAGAGUAGGAGGUGAUGCUAUCAAUGGCGAUAUCGAUAUAGCUCAUGAUGCUCAAGCAAUUUCAAGCAUUUUCAUCGAUCCACGGGAUUUUUAGAAACAAAAUUCUGGUGUUCUUGAAUCUUCAUGCAUAUGAUCAUAUUUACUUAAAUUUCAUGUGCUGAAUCUAUGGAAGUAACUAUAUCCCUUUUUCUAAAUAGUGUUUGGAUAUCAUCUUUUUGUAAUCUUUAAUAAACAUGCAAAAGACUCUUUUGGCAAAAGAUUUU